AUGUCUUUGGAAACAUUGCUAAACAUUGAGCAGCAAGCUCAAUUAUCACCACCACCAUUACCUCGUAUUCCACCACCUCAGCUACUGAAUCAAAAGUUUAUCAUUGGAAACGAUAAUAUUCUCGGUGUAACAACACAACGUCAGUGGACAACGAAAAACUCAUCUUCAAUUGAUAACGAUAGCAAAAAUAAAAGUGUCAUGUCGGCAAAAGUAGAAACAACAGUGCGACAGUGGUCGACACCAAUCGAAAAAGUCGUGGAAGGUCAACCACCGAGACCUAUUAAUAGAUUUGAAAGUUAUUUAAAUUAA